AUGGGAGUUGCAGAUGAACCCCAAAACGCACCCGGCCCUUCCAGGUCAGCUGGGCGACGGGGUUUCAUGCAGCAAGAAAUUAUUGAUUUGAUUGUGCCACCAUUGCGAGUGGGAGGUUGGUGUGGUGCUGCGGGAGCUAUGACCGGAAUUGGUGCGGCCAUUCUUCAAGAUGCAAGCCCUGCGAUGAGUGGCAUUAUGACUGGAACACAAUGGGCUGCGCUAGGAGGUUCCUACUGGUUUUCGAGGACAGUGAUCAUUCGUGCCGCAUGGGGUCGCGAGGAAAACUUGACUCCGCUCAAUAAAGUGACAGCAAGUGCAGUUGCAGGUCUUCCCCCAGGCGCACUGCUGGGUCUCACACGUACGAGGACGAUCCCGUCUUCUAUGGUACUAUGUAGCAUUAUGACUGCAAGUGGCCAGGCUAUUGUCAACCACUUCUCAGGUCGCAAGGCCGAAAAGGACGAGGACGAUAGCUGGUUGCGAUCAAAGUGGAGCCCAUUGAAGAAGUUGAAUGACCAAGAGUAUGUUGAUAUGAUGGAGGAGAAGAUGCUGAGAGUCGACGCCGACAUUGCCCUGAUCGAUGAGCGCAUCGCACUAUUACGACAGGCCCAAGAAAACGAGAAGUAA